UCCUCUGCUGCGCGCUCCUGCCUGCGACAGCACAGCCGCGGUGUGGUCGCUCUGAACGCACGUUAACGGAAAGGAAAAAAAACACUCCACACGUCGGGAAGGCCUCCGCCACACUCUACACCCUGUUGCAGUCACAGCGGCGUCGGAUAUAAACACAGACACGCACGUUUUUCCAAUCCUAGUCGCUCUUUUUUUUAAUUUAAAAGCCGUUUUAAAAGACAGUCUUCGUAAUGGCGACAGCUGCGGUGUCUGCCCCAACUGGCAGCGGCCCCAGCCCCGGGCCGGGAACGGAGCUGGUCCGCGGGCAGGCCUUCGACGUCGGGCCUCGGUACAGCAACCUCUCCUACAUCGGCGAAGGCGCCUACGGGAUGGUGUGCUCUGCCUACGACCGGGAGAACAAGAUACGCGUGGCCAUCAAGAAGAUCAGCCCCUUUGAGCACCAGACCUACUGCCAGCGCACACUGAGAGAGAUCAAAAUCCUUCUGCGCUUCAAGCACGAGAACAUUAUUGGAAUCAACGACAUUAUCCGUGCACCGACCAUCGAGCAGAUGAAGGACGUAUAUAUUGUCCAGGAUCUCAUGGAAACAGAUCUGUACAAGCUCCUGAAGACUCAACACCUGAGCAAUGACCACAUCUGCUACUUCCUCUACCAGAUCCUCCGAGGGCUCAAGUAUAUCCACUCUGCCAACGUACUACACCGUGACCUGAAGCCUUCCAACCUUCUGCUCAAUACCACCUGUGAUCUCAAGAUCUGUGACUUUGGUUUGGCUCGUGUGGCUGAUCCCGACCACGAUCACACUGGUUUCCUCACAGAGUACGUAGCCACUCGUUGGUACCGAGCUCCUGAGAUCAUGCUCAACUCGAAGGGCUACACCAAGUCCAUAGACAUCUGGUCAGUGGGUUGCAUCCUGGCUGAGAUGCUGUCCAACAGGCCAAUCUUUCCAGGGAAGCAUUACUUGGAUCAGCUUAACCAUAUUUUGGGAAUUCUGGGUUCUCCCUCACAGGAGGAUCUCAACUGCAUCAUCAACAUUAAGGCCAGGAACUAUCUCUUGUCACUGCCUUUGCGCUGCAAAGUGCCAUGGAACCGUCUCUUUCCCAACGCUGAUCCAAAAGCUCUGGACCUGCUGGACAAGAUGUUGACCUUUAACCCUCACAAGAGGAUCGAGGUGGAGGAGGCACUGGCACACCCCUACCUGGAACAAUACUACGACCCCACAGAUGAGCCUGUUGCCGAGGCCCCAUUUAAGUUUGACAUGGAGCUAGAUGACCUACCCAAAGAGACACUGAAGGAGCUCAUCUUUCAAGAAACUGCACGUUUCCAGCCCAGCUUUAGGUCCUAACAUCCCACACAGAUGAUUCUGCGGACUGGCUCCUGCGUUGCCACUGCUCCUCCCCGCCUCCACACUGUUGCUGUGAUAUUAUAUUUUUAUUUUAUAUUUUUUUUUUUUUAGUUUUGGUUGGUUUUUGUUUGAAUGCUCCUCUGCCGAUGUCCACAUCUCCUGGAUUCCUUGGGUCUCACUCGUCAAGUCCACUUUGCUCAGGAAUGGCGUCAGGAAUCAAUCAAUCAAAUCAUCCUCUGUUUGGCUUUCUUUUUCUCUCUUUCUCUCUCGGAGGUCAGGACAGGUGAGGGGAGGGCGGGGUCACAUCACAGCUUACAGGGGUGGUUGGGGUUGUGUGUUUUAAGCCAAGUUAAGCAUUUUUUUUUUUUUCUAACUGUGUGUCUCAAACAACAGGGGUUGGGGGGAGUUGGCUCUGGCUAUUACUAUUCAAGACCUUUAAUGUCCAGUUGAAUGACGGUCAUAGACUAGCUGUUCUUUUUCUCUGCCUUCAUUGCACAAACAACAGAGGGUUACAUCUAAGGAUCACUGAUCGGAGGAGUUUUCUAGUACUCGUCACAGUGUUACAGGGGAUGCAGUGUACUUUUUUCCUUCUCUUUAGAAAAAAAAAUCCAAAUUUAACAACCUGAUUUAUGCAAUGAAAUCACUGAAUCAGCCAGAGGUUCUGCAGGCAACAAGCCAUCAGUCAGUGAGGACCUAUGUUUUAUCAAACGCUGUAUUUUAAUUAACACACACAAGGCCCGAAUGCAAAUAUAUACAUAUAAGACAUAUAAAUAUAUGGCCUAAAGAGUCUUAAGAUAUUUUAAAGGUGAUAAUUAGGAUUUCCUGUCUCAUCAGCUCGAGGAGGAAAGUUUCCACCUUAGCUGUGAGGAAUUUCCCACACGUCUGUAUGUACAGGGUGGUGUUUUUCAUGGUGGGUUGGGGGAGCUUUACCGCAUCAGGACAAGAAUUCAGUUACCGCUCAGCGCUUGUUUUGUCUGGAGGAAAUGUUGUUGUGCCUCCCCCUUUCUUUGUCUUCUUUUCUUCUUCUUUGUGAGUCUCUGUUGAUCUCUCUCUGUCUCUCUCUCUCUCUCUCGCCUUGUUAGAAUAAAACUGUGCCCUUUGCAUGACUGUUAAAAGCUCUGUAUACAAAGACGACGAUGUUAAGUGCCACACAAGCCGGGCGGAUCCGCCGGGAGAGCGCCCAGGCUCUGUCCGUUCUAUCUUUUGUGGUAUAUCACACUUUCCACACUCACGGUGCUUUUUGUCCUCUUUCUUUCUGUCGCUUUCACAACCUCUGUCCAUUUUUCUUUUGUCUUGUUUUUCUUUAUUUCUUCAGAUUUCAACUUUUUUUUCUUAGAUAAACUCCAUCUGCAUGCUGUAAGACAUCUUGUUGUGGUUGCAAAUAGGAGAAUAACCAUAUAACUGUAUUUAUGCCAAUCUCUCUCUCUCUCACUCACACACACACACACACACACACACACACACACACACAUUUCCUGAACCUGACAAAUGGGAUCCAGGCAUUAUAAAGUUAGAAAUUAUACUCAGAUAUAACAGAUCAUGUUUGUUUUGUUGUGGGUUUUUGUUUUGUUUUUUUUGCUUUAAAUUGCACAUUUUAACGCUGAUAGCCGUUAGCAGUGUCAGCACCAGCAGACGACUGCAGUAAAACUAAAAAACAUAAAGAAAUGCAGCAGAAGUCAAGACCAUAAUUCCACUUUUUGUCAGUAACUGCUGAUUAAAGACUGUUGAAUUUGAAGGUUUUAUUUCAAGUGAGUGGAGUUUAAAGAUUACACAUAUAUCAAUGUGUGUGCGUGUGUGUGGAUUUGGAAACUUUUGGGGAGCAAAAACGGGAUGAAAUCCCCGAAGCUUCAGCAUCUAUCCGUGUCACUUCACGCGAGAAGCACUGCAGUGUUUAAAUAUAUUUGGCUUUAAUGGCACACCUGACCUUAGGUUGAGUUGCAGAACUGCAUAUUCAAAUUGAAAACUCUUGGUAAGGUGCGCAUGACUCGUGUUAGUUAUGAUAUUAAACCAUUUCAGAGUACAUCAAAUUUAAAAUCUACCUGAAUGGAUUCUUCAAGAAUCUGACUCUGCUGCACUUAAAGUACAAAAUUGAAAUCAUUUAUUCUUUUUUUUCUGUGCAUAUGGUCAGUUGCAGAGGUAAACUCCUGAUUUUUAUGUUUUAUGCCAAGUUUAAGUCGUUUAAAAGUCGAUUUCUCCGAGGGCGGAGCUGCUCUGGUCGAUAAUAAAUCGCAGAGCCAAAGAACCUCAGUUUGACUUUUUUCGUUCUGACCUAAAUGACGUUAGACUGAAGCUGAGCGGAGCCACGACAGGACGCCGGAGCUCUGCUGAGAUGCACUCAAGCCAUAAUCGGUCAGUCAGCCAGCCCAUUGCACCUCUGACCACACCCAACUGUGAUGUCACGGCGUACCGACACACCCCUCGAGUACACGUCAACAUCACUGCAGCCACGUGAUGUUAUGUCAGUGAAAGUCGGCAAAAACGAGCAUUAAGACUCGAGAUUAACACGCUGACUUAAGACGAAAGCAAAUGUUUUCUGGGUCUGCUGAGUUUUCUGGAAAGAACAUGUAAUUUUGCACUAACUGUCAGAUAAUUGGAGUCUUCUUUAGAGCUAACAGUUCAUUGGGAAGCAAAGAUGGCAAAUUGAGAAUGAUGAGAAUCCAUGAAUGGAGACAAGCUUCAGGUAGUAAAUGAAGUGAUGCAGUUUUAAAGGUAAUUUUUGCAGUGACCCUCUGCAGAGUUUAAUUAACUUUCACCACCAGGGGCAUUGUUACCCAUGGAUGUGUUCAGAUAGUUUCAGAUAUGUGCCCCCUUUUCUCGUAAAUUUAGUCUUAGCCUGCCCUUUUCCCUAGAGGCCAGUUUGUGACCUCCUGUCAGUCUCUGUUCAGAUGGCCAUUUUUGCUGGCUGGGUUGCUGAGAGCUGCAAAGAGGGCGCCGCGGUCACCUGUAAUUUGUAAGGGAGAUGCUGACUAGUCAGCAGAAACUUGGAAAAAACAGCCACUGAGUACAUUAGUAACUUGAUCUUGCUGUCACAGGUGUUAGCAAGUGUUCGCAGACGAGUCGGCAUGUUUCUUGCAAACUACGGGACUUGCCGUCACAAGUUCUUUGGUGCAGAACUGAAACUACUUUCACUUAAUAACAGCACGCAGCUUCCUGCAGCCUCUCACCAACCAUUGUUUUACCACGGCAUUACUCAGCAGUCGACUUUACAGCAACCGCUCAAAAAUCAUAAACUGAUGAGCUGUGGAUGCCAGCUGGUUUCCUGCUGGCCUCUAAGCCUGUGUGACUGAGGCCCUUAAGCUCGCCUGGUUUCAUCAACAUUACAUUGACUCAUUGCACCAUCUUGUGGUAUAAGCUCAGAUGACAGUACAGCUGGCCCCUAGUUCAGUUUCUAUUGAUAUUGCAUAAACACGAUAAGAAGAUGUUCUGAACAUGAAGUCAAAGAAGCUGACUCUUCAUUCUGCUGACAAAAAGUACCUUUCAACACGUUUUUUUCCCCCCCUAAGACAGUCUUUAUUGUAAUUUUUAAAACAUAAUCAAACAAAUCAGCAUUAGAGAAAAAAAAGAAAAAAUCACAUAAAGAGGAGACGCCUCAAACCCUGACUGCUUUACAGAAGAGAUUAAAACUUUGUGACCUUCAAAAGUAAAAAAUAAAAAAGGUCCAGCUGAACACAUUUUCCCAGUGAUCAGGGUGAAACUGCGUGGUCUUUCAGGAAACUCGCAGACCUGUACAAAUAAAGUUUGUUUUGUAAAUGUAUACUUUUAUCUUUUGGAUCAGAUUUCCCUCUUUGCUAACAUCUGAAAAUAAAAAAGACUAUUUUUGGUUCAGUUUGCAGAGAUUUAACUAAAAAAAUAAAGUUCAUGACCAAAACUCUGAUGCAGAAAUGACAGUUUUUGCACUCAAAUUAAAAGACGCUGAGAUUCGUCUGUCCCAGUGCUCCAACGCUCGCUGCAUACACCCGUCUGUCACACGAUUAUUAAAUGCACUUGCUUCUACAGUACUUGGGAUGGGACUUGUAAUCCGAGGUGCCUGCCGGGACUUGACUCGCCUGUAGAUAGCCUUUUUUGGGGGGCGGGGGGUUUAGCGAGAACAUUAAGGGCACUGGAAACCUUACUGGGAUUAGUUGUAUAAAACAAAAAAAGCUUCUGCUGAGUUCUUUGUGCAACCUGUCUGUUUGUGCCUUUUUUGAUAGUCUUGAUAUCUGAGAUUUGAUGUGCAGCUUUCGUUCAGUCGGGAAUCCGUUGUAAUCGCAGUAUACGCGCUUAAAAAUGAACACAAUCAAGUCUGGGGGGGGUGGGAGGGGUUGCGGGGUUAUCCUUACCUUUCAUUUCUGUAAAUUUUAAAGAGAUUUGUUGCCACAGCUGUGUGAUUUGUGACUGUAUUGAAAAGAUGAAAAGCAAACAUUUAUUUUAUUUUUUUGCGUAACCCUUUUUUCCUUGAGACUUUUUUUUUUUUCCUUUUUUGGGGGGAUGUUUUUGUGCAGAUAUUUUUAUUGUAAAAUGAAUGUUAUGUUUCUAUCAGACACUAAUCUUGUUUGAGUUGUCUCCAGUGGAACUACUUCACUCUGUAUGUUUUGAUCAGUAUAAACCUUUAAUUGUGUAGUUAACAUUUCUGAAAGGAAAAAAAAUAAAUAAGUUCCUUGGUUGUAUUUUAAGGGUUUCUCUUUAACCUGCCAUAGAAAUUGUUCUGAAUUGAUUGGUCAGUUUUAUUUUGCUGUCGUGUGAAGGAUUUGACUUGAACGAAGCGUUCACUAUUAUUAAAGACUGACUGCUACUUUGAAAGAUCUGUUUUUUAAUGUUUUUCUUUGCAACUCUGCCAUGAAAAUUAAAUAGACGUUCAUUAAAGACACUGUACCUUCA